AUGUCAAUUGAAUGGGAUGAUCCUUUACCUAUUAAUGUAAUUACUGAAUGGAGCAUUUAUAGAAAUGAUUUGAUUAAGCUACAAGGUAUUAAAAUAGAUCGUUGGAUUAAUACUUACCAAAUCAGAACUAACGUCGAACUUCAUGGAUUUGCCGAUGCUUCCACGGCCGCCUAUGCAGCUGUUGUCUACGUCAAGGCGUUAGAUGAUGAUGGAAAUCCUAAAAUAACGCUUUUGGAAAGUAAAACUAAAGUUGCACCUCUUAAACAAAUUUCUGUUGCUCGUUUGGAGUUAUGUGGGGCUCUUCUUUUGGCUAAAAUGCUUUAUCAAGCCGCAAUCCAUUUGAAAAUUCCAAUGGGGCAGGUUUUUGCAUACACUGAUUCUACGGUUACAUUAGCUUGGAUAGAAGGACAACCUAUUAAAUGGCAAACUUUUGUGGCCAAUCGAGUCACGGAAAUACAAACCUUAUUGGACAAUUCUGCUUGGCGGUUUGUUUCUUCAAGGGACAAUCCUGCAGACCUAGCUUCGAGGGGUAUACAAGCUGAUGAUCUUGUUGCUUCAUCACUGUGGUGGCAAGGCCCAACCUGGCUAAAAGAAACACAUAAAUAUAAACAAACAAAUGCCUCAUACACUACAACUUUAGAAGAAAGAAAACAAAGGGUUAAAACAUUUCUGUGCGAACUAGAAGAAAAACCCAUUUAUGAACGAUUUUCAACUUUGAAUAGAAUGAAGAGAGUACUUACCUAUUGUCGGCGAUUCCUUCUUUUGAAACCUGAAAAACAAUACACAGAUUACCUUAGUACUAAAGAAUUAAACGAAACAAUGCAAAUGUGUAUAAAACUAUGUCAAAGACAAGAUUUUAUGGAAGAAAUAAGGGACUUAAAAGAGAGCGGUAUGGUGAAGAAAAGAAGUAAACUAAAGACAUUAUCUCCUUAUUUAGACGAAAAUCAGAUACUUAGAGUCGGAGGACGAUUACAAGGCGCUACUAUAGGUUCAGAAAUAAAACAUCCUAUACUUUUACCCAAACACAACCACCUUACUACACUGGUUGUCAGAGAUGCUCACAUUAAAUUGCUUCAUGGUGGAAAUAGAUUAAUGACAAAUUUCUUGCAAAACCAAUAUUGGAUUAUAGGAUUAAAACCGUUAGUGAAGAAGUGUGUAAGAGAAUGCGUAGUAUGUGUGAGACAUAAAGGAAUGGUUCUACAGCCAAAAAUGGGUGAACUUCCUUCUGUUCGUAUCACACCUGGCAGACCGUUCAAGACUUCAGGCGUCGACUUCGCUGGUCCAAUACAGUUGCGUACAUCUAAGGGUAGAGGCCAUAAAGCAUUUAAGGGAUACAUUUGUCUUUUCAUUUGUAUGAAAACAAAAGCAGUACAUCUUGAAGUUGUAAGUGAUCUUACCAGUAAAGGCUUUAUUGCAGCUUUCAAGAGAUUCAUAUCCAGAAGAGGACAUUGUUCAGAUGUUUGGAGUGACAAUGGAUUAAACUUCGUAGGGGCCGCAAAGGAGUUAAAGGAUAACGCUAACAUUCGUUGUUCAAGCGGUAUGAAAGAUAUAGUUGAGUUAUUAGCGAAUGAAGGCACUAUCUGGCACUUUAUUCCACCGAGAGCCCCCAAUUUUGGUGGCCUUUGGGAGGCUGCGGUUAAAAGUGCCAAAACUCAUCUUGUUAAGGUCGUUGGAAACUCAACGUUGACAUUUGAAGAGAUGACAACUCUGCUAUCACAGGUCGAAGCGUGCUUAAAUUCUAGACCCAUCUGUCAACUAAAUGAUAAUCCAGAUGAUUUGUUUCCACUAACGCCAGCUCAUUUCCUCAUUGGUGAGGCAACUAUGAUAAUUCCUGAACCAGACCAUGAGAAUACAAGAUUAAGCGCAUUAGAUAGAUGGACCUUAGUACAAAAAAUGACGCAACACUUUUGGAAACGCUGGUCAACAGAGUAUCUGCAAGGACUACAGAGAAGACAAAAGUGGCAAAAAUCUUCAAUUUCUCCAGAUGUAGGUCAAUUGGUGAUUAUAAAAGAAAACGACUUACCUCCAGCCAAAUGGUUGUUGGCGCGUAUACUAGAACUGAUUCCCGGACCUGACAAGGCUGUUAGGGUGGUUAAAUUGAAAUGUAAAUCAUCUAUCUUAACAAGGCCUAUCAACAAAAUUAUUUUGUUACCUAGAGAUAUUAAAUUACACGAAGACGCUCACGAAUACCUCAUGGUGGGCGGAAAGAACAAGGUUCUUGGUGGGCGGAAUGUUGGCGCCGUUUCCGCUACAGCACAAUAG